UUUACUCACGUGACAUUCAUAUGUUGUUAUCCAAUGUAACACAUGGUUUUUUUACUAUUGCGGUUUGACUAAUCGCAAUGAUAAAUGUUUACAGUGGACCAAUCAAGUUAAUUAAGUGGUUGAAUUUAUUUAAAUCACGAAGUUAUUGUUCGAGUGUAUCAGCAAAGAAAUGGUCAAAAACAGUGUUUAUUCCAGCAAGUGAUCUACCAAGUAGAAAAGCACCAAAAUCAGAAGUAGAUUUGCUUGAGAAACCUUGCUUUUACAAUCUUUACAGAGAUCAAAAUGGUAGACCAUCUGAUAAAUUAUUCGUACUCCAUGACGGACCUCCAUACGCGAAUGGAUCUUUACAUUUUGGUCAUGUCAUUAACAAGACACUUAAAGAUAUAAUAUGCCGAUAUAAAAUACGGCAAGGCUACAAGGUUAACUUCAUCCCUGGUUGGGAUUGUCAUGGAUUACCUAUUGAGCUCAAAGUUUACAAAGAAAAAGGCCAAUCUAUUCCAACAGAUCCGUUAGAAAUCCGUCAAAAAGCUAGGAAAUUUGCCCAGUCGGCAAUAGAUGAACAAAUCAAAGUUUUCAGAAGGAUGGGAAUCGCAGCUGAUUGGGACAAUCCUUACACUACAUUCUCUAAUGAAUUUGUAUUAAACCAGCUACAGGCAUUUAAAACGCUGUAUCAGAAAGGGCUCAUUCACAGAAGUUUUCUGCCCAUCUAUUUCUCCCCAUCCAAUAAGACAACCUUAGCUGAAUCAGAACUUGAAUACAACACAAACCAUACCAGCCCUUCAAUAUUCUUCCAAUUUAAAGUCAAUCACAAUUUAACCCUGAGAACAAAUCAUGAUAUUUAUGCUCUUAUUUGGACCACAACUCCAUGGACUUUACCUGCAAAUCAAGCUAUUGCCUUCUCUCCUAAAAUAGAGUAUAUUAUCGUAUUUGCUUCUGAAUUAUCCCGAUAUUUUAUCAUAGCCAAAGAAAAUUUAUUGGAUCUUCAGAGCAAGUUAGGAACACCAUUGUCUGUGGAAAGAACAAUAUGCAAUGAAGAGUUAUCUAAACUAUCCUAUUCACAUCCAAUGAGACUUGAUUCAAAACAGUAUCUACCUUUUUUAAGUGCCGAGUAUGUUACUUCAUCGAAAGGAACUGGACUUGUUCACUGUGCUCCCAAUCAUGGGCGAGAAGACUUUGAUAUUGCAAAGAAAAAUGGAUUAUCAAUCAAUAAUUGUAUAGUUGAUGAUAAUGGCAACUUUGUUUCUGGACUUCACUCUGAAUUAGAUGGCAAAUCAGUUUUAGAGGGAGGAUCGAGCUUAGUCAUGAAUCUUUUGAAAGAUGAAAUUGUUCAUAAAGAAGAUUUCGUUCAUAGUUACCCUUAUGACUGGAGAAGUGGUAAACCUGUUAUAAUCAAGACUAGCCAGCAAUGGUUCAUUGAUGUUGGUAAAGUCCGUGAUAAAUGUUUAUCCCAGUUGAAAACAGUGAACUUUUUCCCUUCGGGAAUACAAAAUAAGAUCUGUGAUGAAAUUAGUACAAGACCUCCGUGGUGCAUUUCAAGACAAAGAGUUUGGGGAGUUCCGAUCCCUGUGUUUUAUCGGAAAGAAGAUGUUAAUAAAUCAAUACCCAUCGUCUCAUCUGAAUCUAUUGACUACCUCAUUAAUAAAGUAAAAGAAAAUGGAAUUGAAAUUUGGUGGAGUUCCCCCGAAAGUGAAUUGAUCCCAGAUCAAGUCUGCAAAUCUUUCGGAGUCAAUAAAGAGGAAAUUGUGGCAGGACGUGAUAUAUUUGAUGUUUGGUUUGACAGUGGAAUGACUUGGAAUUCUGUCUUAGCCGGUGAUAAGAUUGCUGAUAUCUACCUCGAAGGGGUUGAUCAAUGUCAUGGCUGGUUUCAAACAUCACUUAUAUUGAGUAUUGCCCUACGCGAUCUUGCUCCUUAUAAAUCAGUUUAUGUUCAUGGAUUUGCUGUCGAUGGAGAUGGCCGUAAAAUGUCUAAAUCAGUUGGGAAUGUUAUUGAUCCUUUACCUUUAAUAGAAUCAAAAUAUGGUUCUGAUGUUAUGCGAUUAUUUGUUGCCCGUUACGGAUCCCAUCAUGGAAAUGUAAAAGUAGAUGACGAAAAAUUGAAGACAACUAUGACUUUGAUGCUAAAGUUUCGAAACAUUUUCAAGUUUUGUCUUGGAUCAUUACGUGGCUUUGAUUCUCCAGGAAAAUUAGAUUAUUCAAAGCUUAAUUUAAUCAAUAAAUAUAUGUUGCAUCAACUUUGGUCCUUUAAUCAAUCUUGCCAGAAAAAUUACAACGAUAAUGAUUUUCGAAAUAUUAUAACCGAAUCUGUUUCAUUCAUAGACGAUUUCUCUUCUUUUUAUCUCAAAAUAGUCAAAGAUAGUCUUUAUUGCGAUCCUUUGGACUCUAUUGGUCGAAGUUCUUGUCAAUCAGUUAUCUAUUAUUUCCUGGAAACUUUCAACAAUUUUCUAAGUCCAAUAAUUCCGUUUCUUUUUGAAGAAAUCAAUAUUAUCCGGAAAAAAGACAACAAAGCUGCAAGUUGUUUAUUAGAUGGGUGGUUUGAAUGUCCAUCCAUAUGGAAAAAUGAUCAAGUUUCAUUGAUCAUGGGAAUCAUCAGACUGAUAAAAGAAUCAAUUGAUAAUGAGACCGAAGACAAUAAACACUUCGGUAAACCAUUUACAGCUACAAUAAUUUGCCACCGAAAAUCUGAUUACGAAACUUUAAAGACUAGCGAAUCAUCAAGUGACAAUUUGGAACAACAAUUAUCAGAAAUCCUUCAACUAUCUCAAGUCAAAUUAUCCCAAUCGAUUGAUUUGGAAUCUGUGGAAGCUGAUAUCAAAAUUUCCUGUGAAGAGUCCAUACCAUUUACAAUAUUGUUAAAUAAAACGAACAAAUCAUCAUGUCCAAGGUGUCGCCGUUAUCUUUCAAGGCUACCGAAUGAUCUGUGUCAUCGAUGUGAUGCAGUUAUCUCUAAACAUAAUUGAAUUUUCAAUCUAAAUUCAAAUAUAAAUGAUUAUAUUAUUUGUAUAUCUUUUCGUAUUUUCAAUGUCCAUAGCAAUUUACUGUAUAGUCAAUUGUAGAGAAAUAAAACCCAAAAAAUUAUCUAGAGUAUUACAAAUUCAAA